AUGGUCGACGGUGUUCGUUUGCUGCUGAGGGCAGUUAACUUUUAUAGUCAUUUGAUCGGCUUAAACAACUUUGUGUUCGACACCAGAACAGGUCGCGUCUUCACAACAUGGAUUACUACUAUCUACCCAAUUGGGAUCAACGUCGUGAUUACUACUGCCUUUAUCUUCUGUUGCACUCAAUUCGAUUUUGUCAUUGUCUAUAAAAGGUCACUUACGAUGAUCAAUAGAUGGCGACAGCGCAAGCAACUGAUGCACCUCACUAGAAAAUUUCUUUGUCUUCUGUUGGCUCAUCCGCAAGUAAAGGGAAUACAACGCUUCUGGCUUUUCUCAAAGAUCUUCAUCGGCCUGACUUCUGACUUCUCCCGUCUGUUGCUAGCCAUGAAUAUAUUGGAUCGCGUAAGCAACGAUCAAACUAUGAAGCUUUUUGUGUUUUUGUGGUCUGUGGCCAUAACGAAUCUGGCCAUAAUGCACUAUCAUCUUUUAGUGCUCUUCGUACAAGCACAGUAUCAGCACUUAAAUAACAAACUGCGACAAAUUAUUCAGGAAUGUGAGACCCUGAAAAACCUUCCCCAGAGAAGGGGUACUGUUAUCACCAGAUGCUGCGACCUUUCGGAUCAGUUGGAGGAUAUUGCUAAAACCCAGAGCCGGCUGCAAUAUGUUUUCACGAGUUUCACUGAAUUGCUUGCCAUACAGGGCGCAGUGGUCAUAUGCGCAACCUAUAUAUCCAUCGUGAUCAACAUAUACCUUCUCUAUUAUGAUCUCAAAUAUGGGCAAGGAGCUCUGACUUAUACAAUUAAAUUUACGGCUCUGCCGUGUACUUGUAGAUUUUUGGAGUUCUUGGAUAGUUUUAUAAAGCUGUCCAAUACUUUUUCCUUUAUUGAUGAGCACGAGGAGAUGAAAAAUAUAUUGGAGAAAAAAACGUUGUUUGCUUCUCGAUUGGAUGAACGACUCGAACAAUCUUUUGAAAGCCUGCAAUUGCAGCUUAUACGAAACCCUUUAAAACUUGAAGUCCUGGGAUUGUUCGACAUCUGUCGCAGCUCUACCUUUGCCUCGUUUGGCUCUAUUAUAAUGCACUCAAUUUUCCUCAUUCAAUACGACUUGGAACACUUUUAAGAAAUAUUAAUGUAUAAUGUAGUACAAAAAGAUAAAUAUA